UUACAGGAUCAUUACUAACACAUUGUACAUCACUGCAUCAGUUAAAGUAAUUUUAUUUGGCAACGUUAAUUGACUAUCUCUUAAACCUGAUACUUGUUGGCAUAGUCUGGAAAAAGCUUGAUCAGAUUUUCAGCUAAUACUUCUUGCAGAUUUUACAAAUAAAAUAGAGUUUAUUGUUUAAGGAAAAUACAAAAAAAAACAUAAGAAAAGAAAGAUAUUUCCUUCUCCAGCACCUUGAUCGAUAAUAACAUAUUAACGAAGGCACAUAGCUCUGUACAUGGGUAUAUUUUUACUGAUUGGUUUCUGAGCUGUAUUAUGGCAGUAAGAGUUGACGCCCCGUCUCAGCAGCUGUUUAAAACUCAUUGCGGAAACACAGGAAACCAGCUGAAGAAGCGGUAGACGAGGCAAGUUGAGGGAAAGUGGCUUCACCACUUCACAAACAUAAAUGACACCAUCUCAUCAACCAAUAUUUCCCUGGAAUAUGCACAGAGCAUCAAACAUGAUGAUGGCAGAAGUUCCCUCCAAGCUGCAGUCGCAGCCGUCGUCGCCGCAGCCUCGAUGUUCGUCGCCCUCCGUCCCCUCCAGUAAGCUCAUCUCUCCCUCGCAGAAACACAGCAAGAAAGCUUUGAAACAGGCCUUGAAGCAGCAGCAGCAGAGAAACCAGCGCAGACAGGGGGGGAUGCCAACCACCUCCAGUCCCAGACUGCUCCUGAAAACCAUCAAAGACAUGGCUGACAACAUAACUACAAAGGCUGAUCUCGGUCCUGCAGUUUCUCAGAGCCUUUCCUCCUCUUCGUCUUUCCAAGCAGACUUAAGCCAUCCGGUCGUACCGAGGAAGGUUCCACAGAGGGCAGGUCGCCUCAGUGCAGGGCAGAUCAAACGUACCAAGUGUAACAUCGACGUGGAGACUCCAGACUCGAUCCUGGUGAACACCAACCUGCGGGCGAUCAUCAACAAGCACACCUUCUCUGUCCUGCCCUCAGACUGCCAGCAGAGGCUGCUCAAACUUCUGCCUGAAGUUGACCGGCAGGCUUGUAUCGACGGCCUUCUCAAGGUCACUAGUUCUGCCUUAAACAACGAGUUCUUCACAUCAGCAGCUCAGUCUUGGAAGGAGAGACUGUCUGAGGGGGAAUUCACGCCGGAGUUGCAGCUCCGAAUGCGUCAAGAAGUUGAGAAGGAAAAGAAAAUCGAGCUCUGGAAGGAGGCCUUCUUCGAAAACUAUUACGGUGAAAGUUCUGGGCUCAGCUAUGAAGAAUCCAAAGAGCUGACAAAGGCUGAUCAGAAUCAGGCGUCUGCCAAGCCCCAGUCUCCCCUUCAUCAGACAAGGCUGGCCACUCAAGCAUCAGAGGAAGCCAAGGGCAGAAAGGAGAGCAGCCAGACUGAUGCUGCUGCUAAAGACGUGAAGACAACACGGACAUCGUCACUGGAGCCUCUGAAAGCAUCGCCCGCUGCGAAAGAGCCAGUGGCCACCAUAGAGCCCAUGAAGACACGGCGCUCGCAGUACGCGGAGGAUCGGAGGUUGAACGCGACGGCACAGACGGAGCCAACACCUGCAGUGAGAACACCUGCAGUAGAGAGUCGGACUGAGAGGAGAGCGGUGGCUUCGCUGCCUGAGAAGGAGCCUAAAGAAGAAGUGAAGGAGGAGAAAACCAAUCUGCCCCAGUCACCUGUGAAGAAGAGCCCUCCCCCCCCAAAGGGCAGUUCAGAGUUAAAGAAGGAUCCACCGAUGGCUGCGGUUAAACCUGCUGAGAGCGAAGAGGUCCUCCCUGAGCCCGGUGGCCCCGCGGAGCCUCUGAAAAGAAAAUCUGUCAGUGAGACGGAGGGUGAGCUGACACCAGAGAAAAGGCCACGGAUGUCCUCAGUUUCCUCCGUGUCUUCGGUCUCCUCCGUUUCCCCGCCAGCAUCGUCCAUAUCCAGCCCUGCAACACCGACGGCAGCGACAAAUCCGAGGGUUCCACCACUCAAGAUCCCAGUGUCAAGAAUCCUUUCCGUUCCUGUGUCACCAAGCCAAGUCUCACCCAGAACCCCAGUCCCCGCCCCGCUCAGCAGCCCGGGCCGCACUGGUGCUCGCACUCUGGCUGACAUCAAAGCCAAAGCUCAGCUCGCCCGAGCACAGCGAACGGCGGCUGCCGCGGUGUCGUCUGCGUCGAAGGGAGCUGUGCCGGGCCCGGGUCCAGGAGGAGGCAGUGGUGAGCAGACGCAUCCUUCACCCAGGUCCUGCCCAACAUCCCCACAGACACCAACCAGGUUACAAUCCACCUCCACCGGCCAUCAGAGCAGUCCUCCUCCUUCUCGACCACUGGACUCCUUUAGUCAGAUUAGCCCAAACGCGUCUCACACAUCUUAUUCAAACAAACCUCAAAAUAGUUCAACACAAUCUUUAUCUGUGCAACCUAAGGGACAGGAAAACCCAGCUCCUGGUGGAUCCUCAACCCGGACCAGCUCCUGUAUCCCGGCCAACAACCCACUGGUCAGUCAGCUCCUGCAGGGCAAAGAGGUUCCGUUGGAGCAAAUCCUCCCAAAGCCACAGUCCAAGGUGGAAGUGGAGAUGCCCAACUUACCCUCUGGGAGUAAGGGGAAGACGUCCCACUCUGCUGAGCACAGGGCUGAUAUGCACAUGUCCCACCAGUUCAACACAGCAGCACGAGCGGGAGUUUUCUCAGAAUACUCGAGACAUCACAGGGAACUUCCUGACAAGGAGACUCAGGAACAGAUCCUCCAGGCUCUGAUGCAGAGGAAGGUCCAGCAGCCCCAGCCUUAUGGAGUGUUGGGGCCUCAGUUCAAGGCCCAUCAACUGGUGCAUGCAGAGGAUCAUCAGGCCAGGAUUUGCGUGGGCUUCUUGGGUCGUAAGAGGAUUCCCAGGCCCGCCAUGACAGGACACUACCUGCUCAACGUGUCCACGUACGGCCGAGGACCAGAGAGUAAAAGACUGCAUCAGUCUGCCAUCCCCAACACGUCUGUGUUUGGUUUCAAAAGGGAAAACGUAGAAGUAGAGCCGGUGGCGAAGGAAGAAGAACAAGUCAGGAAAGUUUUCUCUCCUGUUUCCGGGGUUAAAACGGAGCAGCAGGGAGUCACGUUAACCAAGUCAGAAGAAGCAGCGAGUUUUCCACACGGCUCCAACGUAAAAACUGAACCUGGAUCAGAGGAGAGUGCAGCUGCUGCCGACCACAGCAGCACCAGUGUGACAGCCAAAGACACCAGCCCCUUUUCUCAGUCACACCGAAGGCACCUCGAACUCUGCAAUAGUAAUCAAGGAAACUCCGAGCCAUAUCUUACCCAAGUGGACCCCGGUCACCAGCAGCCGCCGGCCUUCCAAACCCAGAGGACGCUCGAUAAUCAGGAGCCUGUGGUAGCUUCGUGCUUCGGUGGCACAAUCAGCAUGUCCGUACCUCACACUCUGAACCGUAACACCGCCGGCACCUGCUCCUCCGCGUCCUCGUCCGAGGCCGACGGGAGCGGCGUCCACGGCAGUGUCAUGUCCUUCUCGGUGACCGUCACCACCAUACCCGCCGGUCACUCGUUAGACCACAGCAACCAGGGCGAGCCCUCGCCUGAGCAGUCCUUCAUCGAGGGCUCCAACAUGGAGGACGUGCAGUCUAAAUGUUACUGCCGACUGAAGGCGAUGAUCAUGUGCAAAGGCUGCGGCGCCUUCUGCCAUGACGACUGCAUCGGCCCCUCGAACCUGUGCGUCUCGUGUUUAGUGGUACGAUGACGUGAAGUUGAACCAGAAGCGGUUCAUGCAGGAUCGGUGCAGAACGGGAUGAAGCAUCUUCACCACGCUCCAGAGAAAACAGCCAGCACGUGUGUGUGUGUGUGGGUGUGGUCGCUGUUGGAAAGCUGAGGAUUUACACUGGAUGGUCUUUUGUUUCACCAACGUCUGAGAGAAGUUGUUUUGUGCAAUCGUUUGGGUAGAAAUGUCGAAUCAGUUUCCAAUCAGAUGAGUAAAGUGUCAGAUGUGUGGCAAAGAUACAAUCUGGCAAUGUUUGCACUUGGCUAGGAUUAGUGUUAUAUAUAUUUUUUAAUAUACAUAUAUAUAUAUAUGUAUAUGUAUAUGUGUGUGUGUAGUUUUUAAAAAAGGAGGGAAAAUGAAUGUUGCUAUUUUUGUAGAACGUAAUGACUGUUGUGUUUUAGACUUACACUUUUUAUUAUUAUUAUUGGGCCUAAUCAGUCGCGAUUAAAAGGCAAAAAAAAGGGCGCUUAUGAUAAUCAUGGGUUGUAGAGAACCUCCUAUUUGGCAUUUCUGCACGCAUGGCAGGGAAGUGCAACUUACAGUAACUAUUUUUAUUAUAAAAACUCUACAUUUAUUACUGAACACACUCAGAUUCAAGAACUAGAAAGAACGUGUAUAGUUUUAGAUGGAGAAUAUUAAUAAUAUGGAAAUUUUUGAACGGUGACUUUAUAAGAAUCAACAAUCGCGUUGUUUUUAACUGCUGAAGGUUGAAGCACUUGAAAGCCACCUGGAGACGAGAGGAUAACUGUGUACAGCACUUAAAUCCAAACACACGGAAAAAGAAGAAUCAUUUAUAUAUAUAUAUAUAUAUGUUUAAAAAAAAACGUUUUUACAAAUCAAGUCUUUUCCAUUCAUGGUUGAGAUGUAACGUCACUUCCUAUCGUAUGAACCUGCUUUUAUUUGUACCCCCAAAAAGUUUGUAGAUAUCGUCUAGAUAUGGGUUUCCUCGUGUGUGUGUGUGUCUGUACACAUGGAUCAGCAGUGGCAAAGUAAAACACUCGACAGCGGAGGGGGGGGGGGUUAUUCACUGUACAUAUUUGCUCAUGUAUGAUAUAUAUACCUAGAUGUAGAAAGAUUUUAUUUUAUCGGUGCAGUACACUUCGCUCAAGCAUAUCCAGCUUGUUUAUUACAAAAAACGAUUUUCACUGUGGGGAAGCGGAGAAAAAGAAGUAAAUUGUGCUAAAAUGCUUUAUUCUGAAAUGAUUCAGCACAGCACGUUUUUGGAGGAAUAAUUUGGACGCGACACCGACUAACAGGCAGGUGCCACAUUUCACAUGUCAACGUUUCAAACGGCCCUUUUUUCCUGCAAACUGGGGGAGCAGCCCUCCGUGUUAAUGUGGUUUUAUGAAGUGUUACAAGCACAGAAUGAUGCUGUGUCACGCACAAUGUGUGUGUCUGUGUGUGUGUGUGGUGUACAACAGUGAACCAGCACAUGCUUUAUGAUCCUGUCAACACAACAAACCCAUUAAUGUGCAGAAAGGCCAGUGAGAAGUGUUCCUGCCGCAGGUUUUUCCCGGUGCUCGUUUUUACUGAAAUUUAAGAUGCAUCAUUUAUAUUUCAGUGGUGCAAAGUAAGUUUUUUUUUUUUUUUUAAAUAGCAAUCAUUUCCAAGGUAAUAUGCCAAAGUCACCUUAAGAAAACAAAAAAAUAAUCCGAACUUGUUUUUGAUGUCUGACUAGUUAAUCAAAGUAAUAUAUUUUAAUUAAUAUAUUUUAAUAUAAAUAAAAAAAAUCUAUUUGCUAAUUGUUUUUGACAAAUCAACAGGGUAUUUACUAUAAUAAUAAUAAUAAUAAUAAUAUAUUGGCUGUCCGCUUUUUCCUAUAAUCUAGUUGUGACCGGACAGACCCCCAAACAGAGAAUUACUGAUUCUCUGCACGGCCCAAGUUUUUAAACACAUCCAUUCAUUGUGUAUUUUUCCAUAGGGAUGUUGUCCAAUGUGUUGUAGCCAUCUACCUUUGUGUCACCACCCAAUGAAAACAAAAUGUGUGUAACUCAAAGCACAAUCUUUAGUUCAGUGGAUUAAUCCCAAAUCAAUAUUUGAUCGUCUCUGAUAUAAAGGAGGGAGUUGGGGGGGUGUUGUUUGUUAGUAGAGUUGGUUUCCAGAUUGUAGAGCUAGAAUCUGGAGAGGUUUCCACAGAUGUAGUUUAGUCACGUCACUAAAAAAACUGAUUCUUCUAACACGAAGCUAAUUCACUAUCCCCUCUUUGAAUAUUUAGGUCUUAUCUUGGUGGAACGUGAUGGUAGAAAAGUGUGUGUGUGCUCACGUGGAGGAGGCAGGGGGAGGGGGGGGGGGACAGGACUGCGCUGCGACAAUAAAGUUAACGAAGAUAUUCAAUCGCAGCAGAAACGGCAGCUCACAUCUCUGACAAUGACUGAAACAUGACCCAGGAGCAGCAGCAGUCGUCCUCCUCCUCAAGGUCACUGUCACACUCACCUGUUGUGUGUGUGUGUGUGUGUGUGUGUGUGCACGUAGAAACUACCACCACCGUUUCUUUUUUUUAAAUGUCACGUUCGUCACUACAGGUGAAUUAGUUUUUUUUUAACGUGUCUCGUGUCAUUUUGUCUCCAUUUUAAACUCUGGUUGAAUGUAAUAUAGUAAUCAGCACUUGUAAGCAAAGUGUAUUUUAUCAAAAGUCAUAGACUAUUAUGAAUAAAUAAUGAAGAGAAAA